AUGUUGAAACCUUCCUCAAUUAUUAUUAAGACUUUAUUUCGUUCAUUAGCAUCUAAAAAUACAAAAUAUCGCCCGAUUUCUGCACCAUUACGUUUUCAUAUGGACACAAAAUUGGUUUAUGGUCCACAGAAAAUGAUUCGAGAAAAACGAUGUAUACAACCCAGUGAACUUGAUUUAUUUAGUGAACAACCAAGUAAAAGAAUCUUUGAAAACGACACCGAAUUAUUGUAUGCUGGUUCAAAUGGAUUUCGUCGAGCCUGUAGUGUACCAAAAGGUGUUCCAAUAUCAGAACGACAACGAUAUAUACGUUAUUUAUUUCGUAUUCCACGCGGCCAACGCGCUUCUUUAUUUCCACAAGCUUAUAUACCAAAUAAAUAUUUAGGUUUAAGACGAAAAAAAGAUUAA